CACGUGACAGUACGGUGUUCGCAAUGGUCCAAUCUUUGCGAAUAGUUUGGUGUGCAAGAUGGCCGACAGACAAGUGACCAUGGCUGAAAAGAGGCUGAUGGAUGUUAAAUUGGGAGAGGUUAUGUCCUGGGUAAGCACUAAGGACUUGUCUCCCAACGGAAUCAUCGCGGCUGUUCGCAGGGGACAUGACAGAUACUACAACAAGUACAUCAAUGUGAAGAAGGGUGGAAUUGGUGGGAUUGCUAUGCUCCUGACAGGUUAUGUCAUCCUAAGCUACGUGUGGGAAUAUGAUCACAUCAAACAUGACCGGUGGAGGAAGUACCACUGAAGAUUCUUGAGCUGGUGUGUCACUAUUCAGUCAAGUGACGAACACAUCUGCACCCAUUCCGUACCUGCACUAAGUGAUAUGUGACCAAAAUAAAAAUGUAAUGUGUUGUGGGCCUGUUUGAAUUGUGAUUAGAUAAUGGUCCAAACCAUUUGACUUGUGAAGCGUAUGCAGAAAUGACAUGAAGCUUUAUACUGACCGAAGUGCAGGACCCAUCCCAAUUCCAUUUUGAUGCUAGAUGUAGGAAAGUGUAUAAGCUCGAAAAAAUUAUUUAUUUUUUAUUUCUCUGUUGACACUUUUUUAAAGUCUGAUAUUAUCCCACGGGAAUAAUAUUGAAAUUACUCAAAUAGCUUGGAGGAGGUCGACAUCUGUUUGUUUCCCACCACACCCGUUGCAGCAGAUCUGUUGAUUAGACCCCUGUAAUGUGAUCAUAACCACAUCUGGCAGAGAUCGAGUCAGGCAUGGGUUCAGAUUAUGGCUGGAAGAAAACCAAAUCCGCAAUUUGCAAAAACAAAUAUUUAUUCAUAUACUCAUAUGAAUUAAUGUAUUCAUUGUACAAAAAAGUAUAUACAAAUAUAGAAAAAUUGUUAACUGGAUACAUUUUCCUUACUGUCACAACUGUUUCCAAAUUAUGCCAAAACAUAGCCAAAUUAUCCAUACCAGUCUUACACAUCCACCACACUUUAUCAUUUUAAAGAUGACAGGAUCAUAUUACACUUAAUAAAAAUGCAGAUGUUUACCUA